GGCUGAGCUUCCAGGGGGCGGGACUCACAGGGGUCUGGUCCAGUUAAAAGGAUGGGAGCGUCCCAGGGCCCCAUCUUUCGGGUGGAGUCUUCAGCUAGCUGGUGCCACCGUCUGCAGUGCCCAGGAACUUCCUCCUGUCCUCGGUCAUGGCUUGUGGUCUGGUCGCCAGCAACCUGAAUCUCAAACCUGGGGAGUGCCUCAAAGUGCGGGGCGAGGUGGCCCCCGACGCCAAGAGCUUCGUGCUGAACCUAGGCAAGGACAACAAUAACCUGUGCCUGCACUUCAACCCUCGAUUCGAUGCGCAUGGGGACUUCAACACCAUUGUGUGUAACAGCAAGGACGGCGGGGCCUGGGGAGCCGAGCAGCGGGAGACUGCCUUCCCCUUCCAGCUUGGAAGUGUUGUGGAGGUAUGCAUCUCCUUUGACCAGACAGACCUGACCAUCACCCUGCCAGAUGGGUACUCAUUCAAGUUCCCCAACCGCCUCAACCUGGAGGCCAUUAACUACCUAUCAGCUGAUGGUGACUUCAAGAUCAAGUGUGUGGCUUUUGAGUGAAACCUGCCUGCCCAUGGCAUGGUCCCCAAUAAAGGCAGUUGCCUCUGC